AUGGAAGUCAAGGAAAGUGGCCGCCAUAUUAACCCACUUCCAGAAGCUCUACCUCGAGUCAUCUAUAGUACAGUAGAGCAAAACCCUUCUUCUUCGUUCCGCUUUCUCACCCUCGGUAUUUCCUGGUUGCUCGGGUUUCGGGUCCUUUCGGUUCGUCUUUCCCUUUCGAUGGUGGCGGAGAAUGAGUCUCGGGCUUUUCGGAUGGUGGUGGAGAAUGAGUCUUGGGGUUUACGGAGAUUUGCUUUGAUGGGGAUGGAACAAUUUCAGCAUUGGUUUCUCGAGUUUUUCGUUUGUCGGUGCAGGGGAUUCUUUUCGGAUGAUUGUGGCGAUUUGGCUGAGGGUUUUGGUUGUGUGGGUGCUGGUUUUUCUUUCUCUGAUUGUGGCGAUUUAGCAUCAGAUUUUGAGGGUUUUGGUUGUGUGGGUGCGGGAUUCUUUUCGGCUGAUUGUGGCGAUUUGGCAUCGGAUUUUGAGGGUUUUGGUUGUGUGGGUGCUGGUGCAUGCUUGAUAUCAUGUGCUCCGGGUUUCUUCUUUGCUGGCAUCGGAGCAUUCGCUUUUCCCGGUCCCUUAGUUUCCGAAUCCCCUUUGUUGGGUUGCUCGGGUUUAUGUCUGGGUGUCGGUUUUGCUUUCGUAGGCGCCGGCGCUAAUUUACCGUUCGGUUUCUCAUCUACCGUUUUGUUUCUCGUACACCGGUCUUUCUGCAUCUGGCGAGUAAUCCCAUUCUCCCGAGUCGUCAACCUUCGGUUUUUCAUUGGAUUCGGGUGGAGAAUCUUCGUCGUUUUCGCAAAAUCGAUCCUUGUCGUGCUCGAGAUCGUAAUUCUCCCACCUCUCGUGAUCGACGAGCCUAAUCUGCAUCCCACCAUCGAUUCUCCACUUGCAUUCGCGCUUGCACUUCUUCUUGGGAAACGCGUGGAAAUAUCCCGCGUCCGAGUAGGUCAAAUCGUCGAGAUAAACGUGGCAAAUCAUUUUGACCGCGUCUUUCUUGGAAAGCUCCCACCGAACCUCAUCGCCCGAUUCUUGUCGCCGUACGAGCAGUCGACUGUCGAGCCGCGUUUCGCCGUGUUGGUGAUGGAGACAUAUUUCUUCUUCUCCUGUGUUGUUUUUGCAGCUGAUGAUAAGUUUGUGGUGGCUGAAAAUAGGGCAAUGAGGGAUGAAAAAAGGGGUAGCAAAGAUGUAACUGUGGGUAAUUAA